AUGACCACCUCUGCCCCCUGCUCCCCGUCCAAAUCAUCGUUGAGCUGCUGUCAAAUAGACCAUAACAGCCACAAUGAUGUACACGGAGUGGCGAUCGCUGCAACGGAUGGCUACUUCAUUCAAGAAAAAUAUUCUUUUCCAAAAAGGCCCGAAGUGAAUCUCUCUUUUUACGAUGUUCGGUACACAGUGAAAGAAUGGACCAUUCGGAACUUGAAACCGAAACGGAAAGAAAUUCUACAUGGAGUCAGUGGCGAGUUCAAAGCUGGUGAAAUGGUGGCUAUAAUGGGGCCCUCUGGGGCCGGAAAGUCGACUCUUUUGAACGUUAUGGCCGGUUACACAGUGAAAGGUGUUCACGGGCAGAUUCUAGUGAAUGGGAAAGUUAGGGUACCAUACAGUGCGACAUGGAAGAGAACUUCAUGCUAUAUACAACAGGAAUCCUUGAUGAGAACAAGGAUCACCGUAGGAGAAGCCAUGACAUUAGCAGCACACUUAAAACUUGGUUACAGUAUCAGUUCAGCUUACAAACAUACUCAAGUACUGGAACUAUUAGAAAUGUUAGGUUUGAGCCAUUGCUAUGACACCCUAUGUGGAAAACUGUCUGGUGGACAAAAAAAGCGACUGGAUGUUGCUCUCGAACUUUUAAGUAAUCCAUCAGUAUUAUUCCUUGAUGAACCAACAACUGGUCUCGAUUCGUCUUCGUGUAGCCAAUGCAUUGCACUGCUGAAGCGUCUUGCUAAAAUAGAAAGGCGCACGAUAAUAUGUACAAUACACCAACCGAGUGCAUUGCUUUUAGAAAUGUUUGAUGCCAUUUAUGCGGUUGCUGGUGGAUACUGCAUAUACAGGGGGCCGGUUAAAUCGCUAUUGCCUCAUAUGUCCUCGAUCGGAAUUGAUUGUCCACCUUACCAUAAUCCGGCUGACUUUCUUUUAGAAGUUGCGAUCGGUGACUAUGGUAUAACCGUAGACAAAUUAGCAGCUGCCGUAGAUACAAUGUGCGAGGAUGACAAGUCUGUUACUUACACGAUGAAAUCACAGUUAAAUGAGAAUACCAAGGAACCACCCCUUCCGGCAGGGUUUAUCGCACAAUGUUAUUUACUUUAUAAGAGGCAGUUAAUUUGCCUAAAAAGAGACUACACGUUAUUGUUGGUACGUCUGUUGUGUCAUUUGCUAAUUGGAGUAAUCUUCGGCUACCUGUACAUGGGAAGUGGCUAUAGAGCGAACGGUGUCCUCGCUAAUUAUGUUUAUCUCUACGGGUCGUUGCUACUGAUUGUUUACACAGGCAAAAUGGCCGUCACACUUGCUUUUCCACAGGAAAUGCGGAUAUUGACGAGGGAACACUUCAAUCGGUGGUAUAGGUUAGCACCUUACUAUAUUAGUAUGCUGCUAGUGGAAAUACCAUUUCAAGCGUCUUGUGCAGCGACCUAUUUGGCUGUGAGUUACUGGUUAACAGGACAACCCAUAGAAACUGCCCGCAUAAUUUCUUUCAUGAUCGUUAGUAUAGCCGCCAGUUUGACAGCUCAAGCAUGGGGCUUCUUCAUUGGUGCCACCACACCAGUGAAGAUCGCUGUAUUCGCCGGACCUAUAAUAGCAGUGUUAUUCUCUGUGUUCGGAUUCUGUAUUCGUUACAUGGAUACACCACAGAUGUUCCGAUGGAUGUUUCACAUAUCGUACUUUCGUGCCAGCUUUCACAGCCUUUUACACACUGUUUAUGGUUUCGAUCGGAUGGAUUUAAAAUGUGAUGAUUUCUAUUGUCAUUAUAAAAAACCAACUCAGUUUCUCAAGGAAAUGGACAUAGCUGAUACAAGUGUUGCGAACAAUCUUAUUUUAAUCCUCGGUAUCGGGGUAUUAAUGCAUUUGUUAACUGCUAGUGCUCUCUGGUGCAAACUUAAUAGAAGAUAAAGACUAACUCAUUCCUGAUUUCGGUGAUCCAGUAUUGUAUCAGCCCAUUGCGGCUUGUUUACCGUAGAGAUGGCGCUGAAAGAGUUUCUUUAGAAUCUUGUGAACACAGAUCGAUAAAAGGUUGAAUCUUUUAUGUUGCACUAAAGAUAAACCUAUUCUAUUAAUUAUAAAUCUGUUCUUUUUUAAAAGCCACCUAAUCAAUGAAAAAAAAAAAUAUGAAACUUUACAAAAUUGUCUAUUAAAUUUUGGUAAUGUAUAUUGUUACAUUGUACUUAUGAAUUAUGGAAAGAUUUUAAUUGAAGUUAAUAUUUGGAAAUUUUUGGUUCUUAAUAUAAAAAUUUUAUCGUACUAUUAGUAGAUAGAGUUUCUGAUUAAAAAUUUAUUAUUAUUCCACGCUUACCGUGUUACUUCGCGAUUGCCAAGGCUAUUAACUUAUUAUACGCUUCUUUUAUUAAAUAUAUUUCUUAUAUUAGAGACUUCCAUACGGAAUGAGUCACGAAAAGCUUUAAGAUAUCCGCGAUAUAUACUGUAAUUCGUUUUAGAUAUUACGUAAACGUAAUAUAAA